AUGAUGAAGACCAAUAAAACCCAAGAUUUUUGGGGAAAUAAUAAUGAAGUUUACAGGAAAAUUAUUAUAUCUGGCCCACCAAGUACAUCAGUUAAGGAGAUUGUUACUAGGCUAAAUGAUUUGUCCCCCCUCAGAAAUGCAACUGAGAUAUUGGAUAAUGGUUGUGGUACAGGAUUAGGAAUGCGAUACUUGAUUGAUCACUAUGAAAAAGAACUUCCAGAUUCGGUUAGGCUUGUUGCUAGUGACAUGAGUGGAGGCAUGAUACAAUUAGUUAAGGAGCAUAAAGAAAAGAACAAAUCUAACAAAUUUUGGAGAAGGUUGGAAACAGGUUUAUGGAAAGUAGAAGAUAUGUCCGUUGUAGAGGACGAUUCUUUUAGCCAUAUCAUAGCAUCUUUGGUCAUGUUUUUUCCGCCUGAUGCUAAACAUGCUUUGAAGGAAUCUUAUAGGGUAUUAAGACCAGAUGGAGUUAUUGGAAUGUCGUCCUUUAAAGGAAAUGGUUGGUGGGAGUUAGUUGAUAUUGGAAGAAAAGCAAAAGAGGGCGCACCACAUAGAAAACCACUUCCUGAAAAUUGGUCAUCGAGGGAUUUGAUUGAAUCAAAUCUCAAAUCAGUUGGAUUUAGAGAUAUAAAGAUCGCAGAAAUCGACUCUAUUCUUGAAGUAAAAGAUGUUAAAAAAUUGGCUGAGUUCUUGGUGAAAUCUGGUAAUCCAAGGACCGCCUACAUAUUUGAGGAUUUUACGGAUAGUGAGAAGAAAAUUGCCUGCGAUCUCAUCAUCAAACAUGUGGAAGAAACUAAGAAAAUACCAGCAGAAUUCAAAUCAACUCUGCUAGUGUCUGUUGCUAAGAAGUAG